UUCGUAUGUGAUGUUUCCCCUGGCUCGCGUCUCCAUUGUAUCCCUAAAUAGAUAGCACAAUGUGUCACCUAACCUAUGGACAGAUUUUGCAUGCAUUCCUGGAUGGUAUCAGAGGACAAACCCGGCCUCUCUGAAGACGACGUGUAGAGUCAUGGAUUUCCCAGGGCACUUUGAACAGAUCUUCAAGCAGCUGAACUACCAGCGGCAGCAUGGACAGUUAUGUGACUGUGUGAUCAUGGUGGGCAGCCGUCACUUUAAGGCCCACCGAGCCGUGCUUUCUGCCUGCAGCACACAUUUCAGAGCCCUUUUUACUGCUGCAGAGGGAGACGCUAGCACGAGAAUGAUCCACCUGGACUCUGAGGUGGUGACGGCUGAAGCAUUUGCUGCUCUCAUGGACAUGAUGUACACAUCAACGCUGAUGCUAGGGGAGAGUAACGUGAUGGAUGUUUUGUUGGCUGCUUCUCACCUGCAUCUAAACGCUGUUGUGAAAGCCUGCAAGCACUAUCUAACAACUCGCACUCUUCCCAUGUCUCCUCCAGUAGAGCGUGGUAGCCAGCAUCACUCCGAGCAGCAACAAGUAGCAAGUGCCGCUAACUCUCACUUCCAGCGCUCAUUUCUGCUGCAGCAACUUGGCCUGAGCCUGGUCAGCUCUGCUCUGGGUGGGGCUGAAGAUGGGGCUACAGGGACCGGGAGGAGAACAGGUUCAGCAUGUGGGAACGCGUUAGUAGAUCAGCGUGGUUCUCACCCGACACGUCGUUUCAUGAAGCGCAAACAGCCCUUGUCUCUGAUUGCCCCAGAACGGGCGAGGCAGCGCCUCUCCUCGCAGGUAGAGGGGAUUGUGGGGGAUGGAGAAGGCAGAGAGGGUGGAGAGGAGCUUCUUUCACCAGACUCUCACAGUAAAAUGGCGGAGGAGAUCGUCGCUGGGGAAGAUGGAGGUUUACUAAAGCAAGAUGACUACCGAAGGGGCUUGACCCACAAAGACAUGCAGCUUCCCAGCCAAUCGGAUGGGGGCAUGGGAUCCGGAGCAGAAAACAUGUUGCUGUUGCCACAUAAAGAGGAGUACAGUGAUGGAAUGAAGAUCAAGAGUGGAGGUGAGGAAGAAGAGGAGCAACAUAUGCAGGUUGUGGUGAAGAGUGAACCACUGAGUUCUCCUGAGGAUGAAACUAGCGAUGUUACUUCCCAGGCAGAAGGGAGUGACCAGGUGGAGACAGUUGUAGAAAAGCUGGAGCUGAGUCCGGAGGGCAGUGAGCGCAGCUUCUCCGAUCCCCAUCCCAGCUCCGAACUACUGAUUAAAGGAAGCAAGGGAUUAGGAGCAGGAGGAGAGGCACUGUUCUGCAGUGAUGCUUUGGAGUCCUCCUCUGGAUUGCAUAUCUCUAGUUUCCUGAGCCCAAAGAGCUUUGUUAGCAGAGCGACAUCAUCUAACCUUGCCACAAGUGUUGACAACGUUCCCAACACUACAACUGGUGAGUUUCAAACUGACCACGAUCCUGCUCACUUUUUCCUACCAGCUGUUUCCGUCAACACUGCUUCUUCCUCCUCAAUGCACCUGCUCCCAGGGGAGUCACAGGUCUGCUCCGACCUGCAACCAGAGUCGCUCCUGCUGCGGCCACUGCAUGAUGGAAUAGCAUCAUCCUCUUCGUUGGCAACAUCUCACACUGGUGCUGUAGAACAGCUGGCGCUGGAGUUCCAACGCAACAUUUUGGGGUUGCAGACGUUUUCUCGUUCAACCAGGGGUGGUGCUGGAGCGUGCCACGCAUACCGACGCAUUGCUCCCAAAGUUCCUUUGGGUAGUGCUUCAAUGCACACAGAUGGUUCACAGCAACAAGACACAGCCUCCUCGUCUACUUCCUCCACAAUGCUUCUAAAUGGGGUCAACUUUGAGGGCUCUGUUUCUGUAGGUCAAAACAGUGGCAACUCAAACUUGAACCCGCUCCCCCAGCUGACAAGAGCCUCUGCAGAUGUUCUGUCGAAGUGUAAGAAGGCACUUUCAGAGCACAACGUGCUGGUCGUGGAAGGUGCCAGGAAGUAUGCCUGCAAGAUCUGCUGUAAGACUUUUCUCACUCUGACUGACUGCAAGAAGCACAUCAGAGUUCAUACGGGAGAGCGACCAUAUGCCUGUCUGAAAUGUGGCAAGCGCUUUAGUCAGUCCAGUCACUUGUACAAGCACUCAAAAACAACCUGCUUACGAUGGCAGAACAUUGAAAUGGCUAAUGCCCUGCUCUGAUUAAACACUCACUUAUUGAUAAAGCCACUCCAAAGACACCAUCCAACAAUGGGUGGCCACCGUUCAGUUUUUUUUACUGCUUUCUAGACGAUAAAGUAUGUGCAGACCUGUGCACCAUAGUCUUAGAUCUACCUAUCUGCUCAGCUGUAUAUGGUGUAAAAUGACUACCAGAUUAUCAACAGUAUUAUAACACUUUAAGCUGUUAUAGAUGUUGCAUCGGUGUAGGAGUUUUCUUAACAUACUCAACAAUUUAUGAUGAAAUGGCUACGUUCUCACUGUCAGUGUUUGGGAUUGAAAACUGUAUUUACUUGCAGGUGUGACACAAAUAACAUAAAAUGGCAAACAGGAGCUGAUUGAAUAAUAGCUGUAAGAUCAGGUAACAGAAGUAAGGCCCUUUGUUUUUGUGUGUUCCGGAACGGAUCGCACCCGGUCAACCACGUUGCCUUUCAAAGUAUACUCUUCUGACAGUGAACAAAUAUGGACGCGUUCAACGCGUAACUCUUUUAGCACAGUCAAAGGCAAUAGCAUGCGCAACGAUGCGCACAGACGUGGACUAUCCACGUUUCUAAAAUAUCUGGCCCACGCGCGGACAUUCCACAUGGACUGUGAUGAUGACGAUAUUUGCCAUCACGCAUACUGUGUGCGUAGAUCAACAACGCAACUUAAAGGACACUGCGACAAAAGUUGCCAAUGAAAAUGUUGUUUAUUUAAUUACAAAGAUUAAUAUUAGAAAAAGUGGAUGGUGUGUUUUAAUCACUGAUGCAGUGCAGAGUGCAAGAUGGCAGAGAGCGAGCGAGAAUAUGUGUCCUUGGGUUUUAAAAUAGUUCCUAGCAGGUGAAGCAAUCAACUAAUUGAUUGCCGGUAAGCUACCAGGCACCUGCAACAUACCACAGGUUAGAACUGGUAAUGCUGAAAAUCUGAAAAAGGUUAAAACCACACCAUUCCCCUAUAUUCUGUCAAUUUUCGUAUCCCAUGAGUGAUUGACUGCAAU